AUGGCCAAAUCCGAGCAGGUCCUCGUCCUGGAGCCCCAGCAUGAGCUCAAAUUCAAAGGUCCUUUCACAGAUGUCGUUACAACAAACCUGAAACUCAUGAACCCUACAGAUAAAAAUGUCUGCUUCAAAGUGAAGACCACCGCUCCUCGUAGGUACUGUGUGAGGCCUAACAGUGGGGUCAUUGAAGCCGGCUCCUCCAUCAAUGUGUCUGUUAUGCUCCAGCCUUUUGACUAUGACCCCAACGAGAAGAGCAAGCAUAAGUUCAUGGUGCAGUCCAUCUAUGCUCCAUCAGACAUUUCCGAUAUGGAAGCCGUAUGGAAAGAAGCAAAGCCAGAAGACCUCAUGGACUCCAAACUCCGGUGUCUCUUCGAGCUACCCUCUGAGAAUGAAAAACCUCAUGAAGGGGAAAUAAACAAGACUAUAUCUAGCAGUGUAACAAAGACAGAAUCCACUACCAUGUUCAAAUCCUUUAGCUCCAGUUUGGAUGACUCCGAGUAUAAGAAGGUGUUAGACGAUAACAAAAGGCUGCAGACCGAAAUCCAGAGGCUACGGGAGGAGAGCAAACCGUUUAAGGAGGAAGAAGGACCAAGGAUGAGAAAGAGCCCGAUCUCCAGUAACCCCGGCUCUACAUCCUCUAGCCUUGUAAAAGAGGAAGGCCUAAAUAACCGGAUACUCGCUAUAAUCGUUGUGUUCUUCAUCAUUGGCGUCAUUGUAGGGAAAGUGGUCUUGUAG